CCUAACUCAAGUACUUGUAUCCGCCCCAAGUCAUACAGCUGCAUGGAGGAAGAUUGCUGCGCAACGAGCCACGUGACUCAAUGGAUUCUUCCUGCCGCCAAUGUUGAGUUGGAGGAGGAGAAGCUCAGAAAGCUCCUAAGUCAAAGCUCGAGCUUGCAAGAUGUCGCCAUUCCAGCGUAGGGCUCAUACAGUCUUGUAGUUAAAAAGCUGAAGUGAGUGAGAAGGAGAAAAGGGGAAGCGUAUUAGAAAUAGAAACAACGACAAAGCAGUUGUGGUAUGUAAAGAUGGAAGAUUUGUCUGUCUACCACGGACCCAUUGGUACGAUGGAGGGUGAGAGGCGACUGGCUCUGGAUGGACGGGACGGCUGCUAUUUGAUCCGAAACAGUGACUCGAUACCCGAUGUCUACUGCCUCUGUGUGCUAUACAGAGGAAUUGUCUUUACAUACAGACUUCACAAGCAUGAUGGAGGCUCAUGGGCUGCAGAGACUGUUCCUGGUGUGCCGAAACGGCAUUUCCGUGAAAUCAAGAACUUGAUAGCAGCUUUUCAGCAGCCCGGACAAGGAAUUCCCGUCCCUCUGCUUUACCCUGUCACUGUCCAGAGACGGCUGAAAACAACCAGUGGUUCAGAUGCCCAGUAAUAGCCUGUCACUAUCGCAUAGCAACUCGAGUACGCUCCACCAAUAGUCGUGUGCUGCUCAGGGACAGAAAAAUGAGGGAAGAAAUGUGACGGGAACUCUUGGUUAGGGACAAACUCGGAAUGAAAAAUACAUUUUAAAUAUUCAUCUCAGCCACAACUUCUUAUUGUCUUUUGACACUUUCUCAGGUUUUGUCCAAACAGAAGAUAUCUAUGCACUCCCCAAAAAUCACAUUAAAUGACAAUACAAUAAAUGAAUGUUUUUUAAGGCCACAUUGUUCCCAUUUUAAAACUUUCAAAACUGUGUAUGUAUGUAAAAUGGAUUAAUUUAAAUCUUUUUUGCAGUCACACACUGAGCGGAAGCCAUUAUCAAGCUACAAGAUAGUGAUUCAGCUAAUAAAAUUGGAUGAAUAUCAGUGGGCCAACCUGCGUACUUGCUGUUUAUUCUCUUCUUUUGUGCCUCACAAAAUGUCUCCUGACUUAAUGGGAAGUGAGAUGAAAAAUAUUCAUCUCCUCAAACAUUACUGAAAACAUAAAUUGACAAAAAUAACAGUUUUAUGUGAAAGACAUGAAAAAUAAAGCAUUUAGGUGAAAUA